AUGGCCAUGUGGGUGCGUGUGUACGUUCGCGUGGAGGAAGAAGAAUCGAGACAGCAGAAGAGGGUAAAAAGCGCGGGAGUGAGAAAGAAAAGCGUGCGUCUGCAUGUCCUUAUUGGUGUAGACGGCGCGAGCCAAUCAGCGCACAGUAUAGUAGUCUGUUGGUCCACCAUUGGUGGAUCGGCCGCAACACAGCUGCAAGCUGGCCGACGUCGUUGUCUUGGUCUUCGUCGUCAACUUCUCUUCGUCGAAGCGAGAUCGCACUGUGGAUAUCCUUGUCAGGCGAAGAGCGAGCGAGGCGAGGGAGACAAUUGUCGCGUGAUUGAUUUACAUGUUUACCAAUUCCUAGUUAUCGACUCCGCUGCAACGGUCAUCAAUAAACCUUCAAAACCGCUCUCUCUCUUCCCUUUGCCAGUUUCCUCGACUACCUAUACGGACUGCAACAGCUACGAAAACGGCUAUUGCCCAAACAUGCCGGAAUCAAUGGGGAGCGCAGGUGGAGGUUCGGGCGGUUCUAGUAAUAAUGGGAACAUGGACAAUUCCCAAGGCCCCGAGGGCACUCUGAUUGUAGGCACUGCCACAGUUUGGGAGGUAUGCGCACGUGAGUUUGUCAAUACGCACCACCGAUGCGACGGCAAUGAUUCAGUGCUCUAUGCUGGGGCCCUCGACCAUUCCUAUCCCAUCCUCUGUCCUACCCUCACUGAUAAGUUAACAUGUCUAGACAAUGAGAGUGGUGCGCGCGCUCACACGUGCGGUCUGCGAGCAAACGUCACCGGUCGUUUCGCCUCCUCCUGUCCUGCUUUCGGCGUUCCAAAUGGAAGGUACCGAUUCAUCUAUCUCUACUUUCGAAUCUCCCUUCCUCACCCUACUUUGCCCUCUAACACCCCCCCCGCGGACACUGCUCAUCUGAUUCCACCUGACGAGUCGCAGCAGCAACAGCAGUCUCAACAAACGUCGCAACAGCACUUUAACAGUGCCAGUGAGAGUUCCACCUCAACUCCACCCAGCAGCUCUGCAAAUGAUGUAUCCACAUCCACGAGACACCAUGGCAGCGCUAGCUAUCCAACCUCAAGGUCGACAGAUCCCCUCCUUCAGCCCCCACCCGCCCCUUUUCCCGCUGACGCUUCCACUACCCCCUCCACCCCCCAGCCCCAACCCCCUACCUUGUACUCUCCCAGAACCCCCUCUUAUUCCCUCACGGGCAACCGGCCUCCUACUCCCACCGGUCAAGGUCGGGUGGUGGACCCUAGGAUGUCCCAUUCUAUGCAGCAACAUGCCCGAGGUCAACAAUUUGCCGACCAAUCCUACGCCCCACCGCCUUUGGCUGCAUCACAGCAGGCCAUCUAUGACCACCCGCUCUAUCCCCUACUGGUGCUAAUUUUCGAGAAAUGCGAGCUGGCCACAUGUACUCCACGUGAUAGGAAUAACUCGAGGACGUCGGCCGACAGUCUCCAGCAGAAUCCGAUGUCCGCUGGCGAACCGACUGUUUGGUCCUCUGGCUCUUUUGACAACGAUAUCCUCGCCUUCGCGGAGAACUUCGCUCGAAGUCACAAGUCAACACGGACUGGAGACAGUGAAAUCGAUUCUUUGAUAAUCCAAGCUAUCCGGGUGCUCCGGGUUCACCUCAUCGAAAUUGAAAAGGUGCACGAGUUGUGUGACAACUUCUGCGAGCGGUACAUCGCAUUUUUGCGCAACCGGAUGCCAACAGACCUGAUGGUUGAGGAUCGGGAGUCCGCAGGUUCAACAGGGUCAGCAAACAGUCCACAAGGUCCCCCUCCAGCAUCGCAUGGUCAGAUGCGUCCUCCCUACCUGCCCCCGGGGAUGGAGCCCCAUCCACCACCAAGUGACACUUUCUCCUCCCCUUAUGCUGCCAUGUACUCGGAGGACCCGCAAAGGCGGUACCCUCCAGGCUACGCCGACCAAACCGGUCAUCCCUUUUUCGAAAGUCCUGCUGCAGCAGCAGCUGCUGUAGCUUAUCAGGCCUCCAUGAUGGGCCAGCUACGGCCUCCAUUUCAGUCUCUCCCCACCACCACCGAUGUCCUCUCUCCGCCCAACCCCGCCUAUGUCGCUACGUCAAUCAUAGCUGAGCAGCAGUUGCAGCAACAGCAAAUUGCGGGUGGUUUUGGUGGUGACCGCGACGCAGCAACAUACAAUACCGCGAGUGGGAAAAGUACUAACGGGGGUGGAAACAUUCCAAUGAGCGCGGGGAGCUAUCCGCACCACCACUCUCAUUCCCACCCCCACCAACAGCAGCAGCACCACUUGGGAGACAGCCUGUCGAUCAGUGCGUCCGCUGGAGUCAACGAUCCUGUCUCGACAGCUACAGCAGCGGCGGCGGCGGCAGCAGCGGCAGCAGCAGCGACGCAAUUCGGCUUGAAGCACUCGCCGGCCCUACCGGGCAGUGGUAGCAGUCGAAAAUCUUCGGACACUGAGGACACCACCCACGGCAGCCCCUCGAACCCAGACGGAUCGAGGAGUGGCAGUCGGGGCGGGAUCAGCGUGCGCUCCCGUUCUGACAGUGGACUCAUGGCUGCCUCCAUGCACCUCAAUGGUGGCGGUGGAGGUGCGUCUAAUUCCAUCUCACGCUACCACUCUUCCAUCGGGCCUCACGAUGUUGGCAGUGAGACUGGUGGCAAUACGACUGCUAGUGCUACCAUAGCGGCGGCAAUCGUCGGAUCGGUUUCAUCAUGGGGCGUACAUAAGCGUACACGCAGACCAAAGACUAUUGCAAAGAUUAAGGCAGUGGCCGAGAGCGCAACCUCGGCCACCGACAGUAGCACUACCACUGCUGCUCCUGGUGCUUCUGCUGCUGCCGCUACUGCUACGGCGACGGUGAUGGCGGUUGUGGUGGUGGACAAGAGUAAAUGGGCAGAAGCGUCGGUGAAAUUUCUCGUGUGUAAUAUUCCCACCGCUGCUACUGGUGGUGUGUGCGUGCACGCGCGUCUGUUGGAGAAGGGACACACCUACCUUUUGCAUGAUUUCUCUAAUCCACCGCCCUUUUACUUUAUUAUACUGUCUGGCCCUUAUUCAAAUUCCAGUCACAUUGAGGCAAUCCUCUGCUGCCAUUGUGAGGAUUGGGGUCUAUCGACUUUGGGGUUUAGCGAUUCUUACCUUCAAAAGCAAAGUGAUGGAUUCGCCAAGUCUGUGGAGUCGGGGGAGAAUCUUGACGACUUUGAUGAUGAAAAAUCUACAAAGAGGCAGAAAAAACGAGGCAUUUUCCCCAAAGCUGCAACCAACAUUAUGAGAGCGUGGUUGUUCCAGCAUCUGUCCCACCCUUAUCCAUCUGAAGAGCAGAAGAAACAACUUUCUUCGGAAACAGGGUUAACUAUUCUCCAGGUCAACAAUUGGUUUAUUAACGCGAGAAGACGAAUUGUCCAACCGAUGAUUGAUCAAUCCAACCGAUCGGGUCCCCUUGGCUAUUCUACUGACGCUUCUGGUCGUGUCUCCUACAUGGAUAAUCAACACUUUGCCGCCUAUGGCCAUCCAGAGUUUCCCCAAAACUCGGGGCUUUAUGCCGCAUUGGCUGCAGCAGCAGUAAGCGGCGGUAUGAUGGACGGGGGGAGUCUCAUGGCCACCGCCUCAAGUUCCGACCUCCCAGGUACCGCAAGCAACGGGGGCAGCGUUGAUUCCAUUUCUUUCUAUGGCCCUUACCGAUACCCCUCCCACUCAGGCUACUCCGGAGGGCAUCCAGUCACUGGGGUUACUGCGGGUGCCUUUCUCACCUCCGUCCCCUCUCCCCAACCAUCUACCAGUGUUAAUUCGAUUCGGAGCUCUCCGGUCACCUCUGGCUACUCCCCACCGACCCAGUUUCGAGCAACACAGAAUGGUUCACUCCUUGGUAGAUAUGGAAACUUUUACGGUGGACAAGAACAGCAACAACAGCAACAGCCUGGUCCCACUUCUGGUCAAUCUUCGGGAUCGGGGCAGCAGCUCAGGCGGCAGACUUCGUUUAGCGGUGGCCUUAACAGCAAUAAUAAUGCCACUGCUAGCAAUGAGAGCAGUUCCUUUGGUGGCGGUCGUGGCGGUGGUAGUGGUAGCAGUAGCAGCGCUGGUGGCGAUGGUGGUGCGGCCUUUGUGCCUCAGCAUCAUCACCAUCAUCAUCAUCACCAUCAGCACUCUGACUCGGGGCCCCUGCAACAGGAUAUUCACGCAAAUUAG